CUUUCUCUCAAAUGGGAGGGCCCUUACAUCAUAUUACAGAAAACACCCUUCUUCUAUUCGAAUUUACCAUUUGUGCCAUCACCGAACAAAUUAAGAAAAGUUUCGUAAAAGGUAAGAAGUCGAAGACAAACAGAGCAAAGAAAAGGCUCAAAAAGAAAAAAAGACGACGACGAACACAGAGAAACAACGAAUUUGAGAGGGAAAUUAAGGAAGAGCGAAGCUGCACAGCUAACCAAAAGAAAAAACCCUCGAUUUCGUCUCGUUCCUUGAUCGGAAAUUUUUGGAAGCCGAGAUUCGAUUUUGAAAUCGCGCAAAUCUGAAGAAAGUCUCUGGUUGUUCGAUUCGAUUCCGUCUCAAGCUUUUCGUUGGAUUGAGAAAGGGGUUUAUGCUUGAAGCUGUGAUUCCGCAACGGAAUUCGUGUAAAACUAUUUCGACCAAGCAGAGUUAUGCUAAGUUUCUGAAAGCUGAAGAAAAGAGUCAACAAAGAGAGAAAUGGAGGAGGUGGGUCCUCAAGUCGCAGGUCCGGUUUCAGUUCACCAUCCCAUAGGAAAAAAACGUGAUCUUUAUCACCAGAUGUCGAAUCACCAGCCGCACUGGCUUGUGCCGUCUCAGCCACAGCCGAGGAAUGACUGGAAUCCCAAGAUGUGGGAAUGGGACAGCCAGAGAUUUGAAGCUAAACCAGUAGACGCGGAGGCUCGAAGUGACGUCAAUGUGAGGACUAACAACAACAACAACGGUGGUUUGAGUUACGAGGGGAGAGAAAGAGGCCUUGAUUUGAAUCUGAGCAGUAGUUUUAACGCCGUUGAAGAGACGCCGGUUGUAAUCAGACCCAGCAAGAGGGUCAGGUCGGGAUCUCCGGGAAAUGGUGGAGGAAACUAUCCCAAGUGUCAGGUGGAUAAUUGUAAGGAAGAUCUUUCGCUUGCCAAGGAUUAUCACAGAAGGCAUAAAGUGUGUGAGGUUCAUAGCAAAGCUACCAAAGCUCUUGUUGGGAAGCAGAUGCAGAGGUUUUGCCAACAGUGUAGCAGGUUUCAUCUUCUCUCUGAGUUUGAUGAGGGAAAGAGAAGCUGCAGGCGUAGAUUGGCCGGCCAUAACAGGCGGAGGAGAAAAACUCAGCCCGAGGAGAUUAGUUCUCGGGAUGUAGCUCCGGGGAACUGUGACAAUACCUCUAAUCCCACUAAUAUGGAUAUUAUGGCUCUGUUAACAGCUUUAGCUUGUGCACAAGGUAGGAACGUGGAUAAACCUAGUGGGUCUCCGGCAGUACCACAAAGAGAGCAACUUGUUCAGAUACUUAACAAGAUCAAUACGUUACCUUUGCCUAUGGAUAUUGUCUCAAAGUUGAAUAAUAUCGGAGCUUUAGCCAGGAAAAACCUGGAUCAACCUUCAGGGAUGAACCCACAAAAUGAUAUGAGUGGGGCUUCUUCUCCAUCUACCAUGGACUUACUUGCUGUUCUCUCCACGACUUUAGGUUCAUCUGCUCCCGAGGCCAUAGCUUUGUUAUCUCAAGGAGGGUUUGGUAACAAAGACAGCGGUGAUAAGACUACGCUAACUUCUUCUGACCAUGCCACUGCAACCAAUUUAGAAAAGAGAACUUUGGAGUUUCCUUCGUUUGGAGGAGGAGAGAGAACCAGUAGCAGUAACCCUUCUGCUUCUCAGGACACUAGAUCUAGCUUAUCUUUACAAUUAUUCACCUCUUCACCAGAAGAUGAGAGUCGGCCAACGGUUGCAUCUUCAGGAAAAUACUAUUCUUCUGCGAGCAGUCACCCCGUUGAGGAUAGGUCGCCAUCUUCAUCUCCGGUCAUGCAGGAGUUGUUCCCGUUGCAGACCUCUCCUGAAACCAUGAGAUCUAACAAUUGCAGAAACACUAGUCCCGGUCCUAGGACUAGCUGUUUGCCCCUAGAGCUCUUUGGUGCAUCAAACAGAGAAGCUGCUGCAGAUCCUAAUUUUAAAGUUUCCAGGCAUCAAUCUGGUUAUGCUUCGUCUGGUUCGGAUUAUUCUCCUCCCAGCUUAAACUCUGAUGCUCAGGACCGCACCGGAAAGAUAGUUUUCAAACUACUCGGAAAAGAUCCUAGUCAGCUCCCUGGGACAUUGCGAACAGAGAUCUACAACUGGCUUUCUAGCAUUCCAUCAGAGAUCGAGAGUUAUAUCAGGCCUGGCUGUGUUGUUCUUUCUGUCUAUGUGGCCAUGUCAGCUUCUGCAUGGGAACAACUUGAAGAAAACUUGCUGCAACGGGUUAGUUCUUUGGUUCAAGAUUCAGAUUUUUGGGGCAACACGAGAUUUUUGGUCAGUACAGGCAGACAGCUCGCAUCAUACAAACAUGGAAGUAUUCGUCUGAGUAAAUCUUGGAGAACUUUGAGUUCACCAGAGCUGGUCUCGGUCUCGCCUUUGGCUAUUGUAGCCGGUGAAGAAAGAACUUUGAUACUAAGGGGUAGAAGCUUGACAAAUGACGGAAUCAGAUUUCGUUGUGCGCAUCUGGGUAACUAUACGUCAAUGGAGGUAACUGGAACAUCGCAUAGCAGAAUCAAAUUUGAUGAGUUAAACGCAAGUAGUUUCAAAGUCGAGGGUCCAAGCGCUGGUUCUCUGGGACGCUGUUUUGUUGAGGUGGAGAAUGGAUUCAGAAGCGACAGUUUCCCGUUGAUAAUCGCCAAUGCCACGAUUUGCAAAGAGUUGAAUCGUCUUGAAGACGAGUUCCACCCAAAAGACGUGACAGAGGAACAAACAAACAACUCAGAUCGUCCAAGUUCAAGAGAAGAAGUUCUUUGCUUCUUGAACGAGCUCGGUUGGCUAUUUCAGAGGAGACGGACAUCCGACAUUCAUGGAGAAUCAGACUUUUCACUCCCUCGCUUCAAAUUUUUGCUCGUAUGCUCAGUUGAAAGAGAUUACUGCUCUCUCAUGAGAACUCUCUUGGAUAUGAUGAUAGAGAGAAAUCUGGGAAAAGACGGUUUGAUGAAGAAGGAGUCAUUAGAUAUGCUGGCUGAGAUUCAGCUAUUGAGCCGCGCUGUCAAAAGGAGAAACAUAAAAAUGGCUGAAACUUUGAUUCACUAUUACGUUAAUCCCACAGCUAAAAACUUCAUCUUCUCGCCUAAUAUCGCUGGACCUGGCGAUAUCACGCCUUUGCAUUUGGCUGCUUCUACAUCUGGUUCUGAUGAAAUGAUUGAUGUCCUGACUAACGACCCACGAGAUGUUGGAUUGUCGUGCUGGAAUACUCUAAUCGAUGCAAGCGGUCAGACUCCAUUUAGCUAUGCUGCAAUGAGGAACAACCACAGCUACAACAACUUGGUGGCUCGUAAGAUUGCAGAUAAGAGAAACGGUCAGAUAUCUCUGAACAUCGAGAACGGGAUCGAUCAGAUUGGUGUGAGUAAGAGACUAAGCUCAGAGCUCAAGAGAUCUUGCAACACGUGCGCAAGUGUUGCUCUCAAGUAUCAGAGGAAGGUUUCGGGUUCUCAUCGUUUCUUUCCAACUCCGAUCAUCCACUCGAUGCUUGCGGUUGCAACGGUCUGCGUUUGCGUUUGCGUGUUUAUGCAUGCUUUCCCAAUCGUCAGACAAGGCUCGCACUUCAGCUGGGGAGGUCUUGACUAUGGCUCAAUCUAGAAAGUACAAAAGGUUUGUAUCAUAAAGUGUUGUUAAUUCUUUUGGGGUUUCGCAAAAUAAGAGAAAAAGUGGUGAAGGGGAAAGUGAGAACAAGAGGAGGCAAAGUGAGAAUACCCAAAAGGCCUGUGGGUUUUGGGAUAUUGCAGAGUUGGAAUCACUCAUGAGCCAGAGAGUACAGAGAAGGUACUGGUUUGGGUCAGAGCAGAGACAGCUUCAACACCAGAGUUUUUAUAUUUAGGCUAAUUAUGUUUUAUUCUUGAUACUGUUAAUUUCGUUCUGCUUAAUGCAACUUCUAGUUGUUUCUGUCUCUCCUUUUUUUCUCUCUUAACAACACAGAAGCUGUGUCUACUUUCUUUUAAGGGAUGCCUUAUCUCUAGGGUUGUGUAAGUAGUAGUUGAAGAUUGGUGUAAACUUGUAAUGUAACAUCUUCUUUUAAAGUUAUGUGAAAGUAGUAUCAGCCUCUCGCUCUAAACGGUUUUUGUUGUUAGUGAUAUCAUUG